AUGCCACAUAACACUUUGAAUUCGUCCCGAGGAGUAAUCUCUGAAAUAGACUUAUUGUCAGUAAGUGAAGAGGAAUUUGUUAAAGAGUUGGCAGAUGAAAACGUGUGUGGUGCUCAUAGGAUCAAAAUACGGAAAGGUCGUCAACUGAUUCUCACUAAACAUGUCAUACUUACCGUCAAGUCUCCUAACCUGCCUAAAAGCAUCAAAGCUGGAUACCUAAACUGCUCAGUCAGGCCGUAUUUACAGAAUCCAAUGCACUGCUUUCAGUGUCAGCACUUUGGACAUGGAAAGACCUCCUGUCGUGGUAGCCUUACGUGUGCUCUAUGUUGCAUCGUUGGCCAUGGCAGUGAAGGUUGCUCUGCUGCCCCCUUAUGUAUAAAUUGUAAAGGUAAGCACCCAGCUUUUUCAAGAUCAUGUCCGAAAUGGCAGACAGAAAAACAAAUUCAAGUUACACAAAAAAUACCACUUGCAGAAGCCAGAAGACUUGUUCUCUCUAAUCAGCCAAGACCCAAUAAAUCUUAUACAUCCGCAACAAAAUCAUUCAGAUCAGUAUCAACCCAAACCACAAUAACCGCACAGGAAAAAGAACUAGCAAUAACAGAAGAUUCUAGAAACGAAAAUUAA